AAAUGUAGUGAAAUUUAGUGGCGAAUAUUUUCUCCUUUGAAGUCAUUACCGAAAUUUGAAGUUUUGUGGCAAAAACCAGGUCAAAACCAAAAUAACCCAAAAAUGUCUUUGAAAUUAAUUUCCUCCCAUUUUUUCUGCAAAAUUUUAUUGAUGGCAUUAUCAAUUAAUUUCCCAGCUGCUGGAAACUAUCAACAAUAUCAAUUUCAAUUACCCCUGGAAACGGAACAUUUAUGUCCCGCCGAAAAUUACAAAUGUGCCGAUAAUAAAAGUCAUUUUCUUUGUGAGGAGCAGUCCGUGGAACCCUGUUCCAAUUACCAGCAUGUGCAGCUAACAAAUGAAUGGAAACGUAUCUUCAUAGCUGGCCAUAAUGGCAUACGCAACAAGGUGGCCGAAGAUUGGCAUAUUGCCAAUAUGAAUUUGGUGCACUGGAGUCGUGAUUUGGAAACCAUGGCCAUGCUGUAUUUACAAACCUGUCAGAUAAACAAAGACCACUGCCUGAUAGUCGGCGAACAACGACUAAGAGUUGCCCAAAACUAUUGCCUCAGACGUCGUUUAGCCAAACGUUGGCCCGGACGGGUUGUACGUUCAUGGUAUUUAGAAAUUGGUUAUAAUAUCAACACCAUCGAAGAAUAUCUAUUGGAAAAUAAUGCCACAACAAUGGAGAAUUUUUCCCAAAUGAUAUGGCCUUCAGUGGAAUUUGUGGGCUGUGGAGCCGGCAGUAUUGCUCCUGCACUUUACCUCAUAGUUUGCUAUUAUUAUCCGGCUUAUAAUGCCACCCAGUUGAGCCAUGAAUUCCUUGCGGGUACACCCUGUUCCAGGUGUAGGCAGAAUCGUAAUGUUUGUUCCAUGGAUUUUCUGGGAUUGUGUGGUAUAGAUAUUGACAUGUCUGGAGCGACAAAAAUAUUCUAUUUCAAUUUUUUAAUAAUUUCCAAUAUAUUAUUUUAUAUUUAUUAUUAUUAUUUAGUAUCAUUACUUUAAUAUUCUAUAAUUUAAGAAUUUAAAA